AUGCCGACGGCCUGGGCUCCCCCGGGCCCCCCCGAAGCCCCACCCUGUGCCAACCAGAGCUGCGCCCCCCACGACCUGGUCCUGCUGGGCUUCGCGCACGUGCCCACGCUGCGGCCGCUGCUCACUGCGCUCUUCCUGGCCAUGUGCCUGCUCACGCUGCUGGGCAACGCGCUCGUCGUGCUGCUGACCGCCCUGGACCCGGCCCUGCGCGCGCCCAUGUACUUCUUCCUGCGCCACUUGGCCCUGCUGGAGAUCUGCUUCUCGCUGGACAUCGCGCCCCGGCUGCUGGGGACCCUGCUGCGGCCCGGGUGGGGCGUGUCCCCUGCGGGCUGCGCCCUGCAGCUGAUCCUGGUGCUGUCGUGCGUCACGUCCGAGUGCUUCCUCCUGACCGCCAUGGCCUGGGACCGCUACGUGGCCAUCUGCAGGCCCCUGCGCUAUGGCGCCAUCGUGAGCCCCCGGCUUUGCCACCUGCUGGCCGCCACGUGCUGGCUGGCCGGAGGCCCCGUGUCGCUGGUCUUCACCAUCUGGCUGUUCAGCUUCCCCUUCUGUGGGCCACGUGGCAUCCGCCACUUCUUCUGUGACAUCGCCCCUCUGCUGAGCCUGGUGUGCGGGGACACCAGAGUCUUCGAGGCCAGUGUGUUGGCGGCCACUGUGCUGAUUAUGAUUGUUCCCUUCUGUCUGAUAGCCAUGUCCUACACUGGGGUCUUGGCCACCGUGCUUCGGAUGCCAUCCGCCGCGGGGCGCCACAAGGCCCUGUCCACGUGCGCCUCCCACCUCAUCGUGGUGGUUCUGUUUUAUGGCACGACGGGGGUCAUCCACUUGCGACCCAAGGCCAGCUACUCCCCAGAGAGCAAGCAGGUGGUGUCCCUGUCCUACACCCUGGUGACCCCCAUGCUCAACCCCCUCAUCUACAGCCUUCGGAACAAGGAGGUGAAGGCUGCCCUGGGGCGGGUGUGUUGCCGACACCAGGAAUCUGGACCCCAAGAGUGA